UCUCCUACCAUCUACUGCAAUUGAUAACCACAUACUAUACACAGCUUUUUACCAAACCAAUAUCAUACGAACAUUUGCGAGUGUUCGGAUGUCUUUGCUAUCCUAACCUUAGCUCUACCGCACCACACAAAUUAUAUCCUCGUUCCACUCCUUCCAUCUUCCUUGGCUGCCCUUCUCAUCAUCGUGGCUACCGCUGUUUUGAUCUCAAAACUCGGAAAAUUAUUAUAUCGCGCCACGUUUCUUUUGAUGAGAAUGUCUUUCCAUUCUCUCAAGAACAACACCAUCGACCGUCAUCUUAUACAUUUCUAGAUCACGAUUCGGAUUGUGCCUCUUUCUUUCGAUCUCUUCGACAGUUGCCCGUCGACCCAUCGACCGUGCCAUCUCCUCAUCAUGAACCUCCACCAUCACCAUCGACCACCAUAGUCACUGAGCCACCAUCAUCAAAUAUACCACCACAACCUUCUGUACCUUCUUCAAACCAACAACACCCCAUGUAAACUCGUAGCAAAGCCGGCAUUACCAAACGCAAACAAAUCUUUUCCCUACUCACUGAUCAAAUAUCCCCACUGCCCAAAUCUCACCUUUUAGCACUAAAGAACCAUCAUUGGCGAACGAUAAUGGUUGAUGAAUAUAAUGCUCUUACUAAAAACGGGAUGUGGGACUUGGUUCCCCGACCCCCCGGGGUUAAUGUGGUUCGUUCUAUGUGGUUUUUCAGCAUAAAUUCAAUGCGGAUGACACUCAUGCUCAUUAUAAGGUGAGACUCGUGGCGAAUGGAAAAUCUCAACAACCCGGUCCUUGAUUGCGGAGACAUGUUCAGCCCGGUGGUUAAGCCCACGACGAUUCGUAUAGUCCUAAGUUAUGCCUUGACUCAUCAAUGGACAAUUCAUCAACUCGAUGUCAAUAACGCAUUCUUACACGGUAAUCUAACUGAGACGGUCUACAUACACCAACCACCGGGUUUCAUGGACAAAGACAAUCCAAACCACGUUUGUGUGUUGCGGCGUGGAGCUUGUUUCAUCGAUUCGUGACAUUCGCAACAAAGAUCGACUUUGUUCAUAGCAAAUCGGAUCAAUCUCUCUUCAUCAUGCAUAAGCCUGAUGGUAUGGCAUUUCUACUUCUCUACGUCGACGACAUUAUCCUCACAGCAUCCUCUCCGGCGCUGCUACAACGGAUAAUACAAUCCUUAAACGGGGAAUUCACGAUGACGGAUCUCGGCAAGCUACACUACUUUCUUGGCGUGCAAGCAACCGAUAACAAGGAAGGGUUGUUCCUUUGCCAAACCCAAUACGCAGUUGAUAUUCUACACCGAGCAAACAUGGAGAUGUGCAGUCCGUGUCUAACACCUGCCGACACAAAAUCCAAACUAUCUGCCGAAGUUGGAGAACCAGUGGCUGAUCCGACACUUUACCGAAGCCUAGCCGGAGCACUGCAGUAUUUAACAUUCACGAGACCGGACAUCUCAUAUGUUGUCCAGCAGAUUUGUUUGUUCAUGCAUGAUCCGAGGGAGCCACACUUUAACGCUCUCAAACGAAUUCUCAGCUUGAUUUCAUGGUCCUCUAAACGUCAACGAACGACAUCGCGUUCUAGCGCGGAAGCUGAAUAUAGAGUCGUGGCUAAUGCAGUAGCCGAAACGUGUUGGCUUCGCAACCUUUUGCUUGAGCUCCAAUGUCCUCUUACACACUCGACAGUAGUCUUCUGUGACAACAUUAGCGCCGUCUACAUGACCGCCAAUCCCGUGCAACACCAACGCACGAAGCAUAUCGAGAUUGAUAUUCAUCUUGUUCGAGAGAAGGUGGCAUUGGGUCACGUACACGUCCUCCAUGUCCCGUCUUCCUCACAGUUUGCGGACAUAUUCACCAAAGGACUAUCGACGUCACUGUUCUUAGACUUCUAAUCCAGUCUGAGCAUCCGCACUCCUCCCUCUCCGGCUGCGGGGAUGUGAUAGCGGAUAUUAAGGGAUUAAUCGAAGAUAUUAUGCAAUCUCUGAUUAUAUUCCCUUAUAUGUAUUGUUACCCUAUUAUGGUUGCUGUAUAUAUACU